AUGCCUUUGGCAUACUCCCUCCCAAGCAACCUGUCGCCGGCGACAGUAGCGAACACGUCUUCGCUGCUGCGCAUUAUCGCUCUCUCUCUCAUUUCCGGUGCUGCAAUCGCGUCGCGGUUGUUUGCGGUCAUAAACUUUGAGAGUAUCAUCCACGAGUUUGACCCGUGGUUCAACUAUCGGGCUACCAGGGUUCUUGCUGAGAAGGGCUUCUAUGAAUUCUGGAACUGGUUUGACCCCACCGCCUGGUAUCCUCUUGGUCGUGUCGUAGGUGGCACGAUCUACCCGGGUCUGAUGGCUACCAGCGGUGUCAUCUACAACGUCCUCCAUGCGCUGCACCUCCCUGUCGACAUCCGCAACAUUUGUGUUCUCCUCGCGCCAGGGUUCAGCGCCCUUACCGCCUGGUCUACAUACAUGUUUACGAAGGAGAUGAAAGAUGAGAGUGCUGGGCUCCUUGCGGCCGCAUUCAUCGGCAUUGCUCCCGGUUACAUCUCUCGCUCCGUCGCUGGGUCAUAUGACAACGAGGCUAUCGCGAUAUUUUUGCUCAUGUUCACCUUCUACUGCUGGAUUAAAGCUCUGAAGACCGGAAGCGCCUUCUUCGGCACGCUAACCGCGCUGUUCUACUUUUACAUGGUCGCCGCUUGGGGUGGUUAUGCAUUCAUCACGAACAUGAUCCCCCUACACGCCUUGACGCUGAUCCUCAUGGGGCGAUUCAGCAGCCGCCUGUACGUCGCAUACUCGUCUUGGUACGCGAUCGGGACCUUGUCGAGUAUGCAAGUCCCCUUCGUCGGGUUCCAACCUGUGCGGACCAGCGAGCAUAUGGCGGCAUUGGGUGUUUUCGGCCUGCUGCAGAUCGUCGCGUUCGCCGGAAUGGUGCGCACUCACGUGUCCUCCAAGCAGUUCCAGAGCAUCCUCUACAGCUCAGUCAUCGUCAUCGGCCUCGUUGGUGCCCUGGCGUUUGGCGGCCUCACGUACAAGGGCUGGAUCGCGCCUUGGACCGGCCGCUUCUACUCGCUUUGGGACACGGGCUACGCGAAGAAGUACAUUCCCAUCAUCGCCUCAGUCUCGGAGCAUCAGCCCACCGCAUGGCCCUCGUUCUUUAUGGAUCUGCAGUUCCUCAUUUUCAUCUUCCCCGCCGGCGUCGUGCUCUGUUUCCGGGAGCUACGGGACGAGCAUGUGUUCGUCAUCAUUUACGCCCUGGUCGCCAGCUACUUCGCGGGAGUCAUGGUCCGGCUGAUGCUCACGCUUACCCCUGUGGUCUGCGUGGCUGCUGCCAUUGCGUUCUCCUCGCUGCUGGACACGUACGUGGACCCGGUCGAGCCUGCGGUCUCAGAGGACGUUGCCCCGUCGACGGAAGCAGACUCUGCGGCUGCGGCUUCUCCCGCGAGCGGCUCCUCCGUCGGCACGGACGCAGUUGCCCCUGCAACUGGCAAGAAGGCCAAGAAAGCUGCUCCUGUAGAGUCUUCGGCCAGCGGUCUGGCAUCUGGCCUCAUCGCAGCUUUGUCCCCAUCUGACAAGAGCAGCAAGCCUCGCGGGAUCUUCGGGCUGGACACGCGCUCCCUCGUCAUCUUCAACGCAUUCGGCAUGCUCCUCUUUUUCGUCCUCCACUGCACUUACGUCACGUCGAGCGCAUACUCCUCUCCGUCCGUCGUCCUCGCGUCUACAAACCCCGACGGGAGCCAGCACAUCAUUGACGACUUCCGCGAGGCGUACUACUGGCUCCGCCAGAACACGCCCGAAGACGCAGUGGUCAUGAGCUGGUGGGACUACGGAUACCAGAUCGCCGGGAUGGCAGACAGGCCGACACUCGUCGACAACAAUACGUGGAACAACACGCACAUUGCGACCGUUGGAAAGGCAAUGUCCAGCACCGAAGAGGUCGCGUACCCCAUCCUGCGCAAGCACGAUGUGGAAUACGUGCUCGUCAUUUUCGGUGGCCUCAUCGGCUACUCCGGCGACGACAUCAACAAAUUCCUUUGGAUGGUUCGUAUCGCGCAGGGUGUCUGGCCUGACGAGAUCCAGGAGCCGAACUACUUCACGGCCAAGGGCGAGUACAGAAUCGACGAUGCCGCGCCCGCCACCAUGAAGGAGAGUCUCAUGUACAAGAUGUCGUACUACCGCUUCGCGGAGUUGUUCGGGGGGCAGCAGGCAGUCGAUCGCGUUCGCGGCCAACAGGUUCCGAAGACGGGGCCGACCCUGGAUCAUCUGGACGAGGCGUUCACCUCCGAGAACUGGAUCGUCCGGAUUUACCAGGUCAAGAAGGAGGACCCCCUUGGACGCGACCUCAAGAGCGCGAACGCGUUCGAGCAGGGCAAGAAGAGGAAAAAGACGAAGCCGCUCUCAAGGCGCAAGGCAGUCGUGUAGUGUUUGCCCGCCCGGUGUCCCGUUUUCGUAUAAUUUAACUCGCAAUGUUUGCUACU